CCCAGACCCCCAUCCACCACCCACCACUACAAACAACCCCACAUCUUUUUCCACUCUCUUUCUCUCUGCCUUCAUUCAACUUUUCCCAAUCAAUAUUCUCUCUCUCUCUCUCUCUCUCUUUCUCACACGAAAUCAUGAAUGAUCAAGAACUACUCACAGUCAGAGAAAUCAAACCCAAAAACAGAAGAAUCAUGGGAGGAGGAGGUCCCGAUGAUCUAGAUGAAGAUGAUGAAAAUAUACAGUGGCCAACAUGGGUUCGUCCUCUUCUGCAAACCAGCUUCUUUGUUCAAUGUAAACUUCACGCAGAUGCCCACAAGAGUGAAUGCAACAUGUAUUGCUUGGACUGUAUGAACGGUGCUCUUUGUUCUCUUUGUCUGGCAUUUCAUAAAGACCACAGGCCAAUUCAGAUUAGGAGAUCAUCAUACCAUGAUGUGAUAAGAGUGGCUGAGAUACAGAAAUACAUGGAUAUCACGGGCGUUCAAACAUACAUAAUCAACAGUGCCAGAAUUGUAUUCUUAAAUGAGAGGCCUCAGCCAAGGCCCGGGAAAGGAGUCACCAAUACCUGCCGAGUUUGUGACCGCAGCCUCCUGGAUUCCUUCUCUUUCUGCUCUCUUGGUUGCAAGAUAACUGGGUCAUCAAAGAAUUUUCAGAAAAGAAAAAUGGGCAAUGAAAUCAAUGGAAAUGGUAAGAGCAAAAUACAAAGCUUUUCACCAUCAACACCACCAACUGCCAUGAGGUACAGGGCAACCAGGAGGAGAAAGGGAGUUCCGCAGAGAGCUCCAAUGGGAGGUCUUAUAAUACAAUACUGAGAAAUAUAUACUUGGUCAAUCUCUUAACAAUAAACCCAAAAAGCGGUAAAUUAUAGAAUAAUGAAAAUGUUACAGUAUGUGAUGUUUGAUAACAUUAUUGGUCGAUCGAUAAUUUUCAUUAGAGGGGCUUCAGUCUAAUGAUUAUCAUUGAUCUGAUUGAUAAUAUUAUCGAAUUAGUAACAUGUAUGACAUAGUUGUUCAACACCAGAGCUUUUGUCAACAGAGGCCGGUGUUAGAAACUAAACUAAGUUAUGGCUUGGAAAUGAAAAGAGUAAUAAGGAUUGUAAUAUAUAUUGUAUCCAAACGACAAAGGGGAAAAAAAUGGGCAUGGAGAUGAUGGGUUGUAAAAUAGUUUAUUCUGUGAAAGGUUUUGAUGUUAUGUGAUUAAUUGUAUAUAAAAGUUUAUUGAGUAGCUAAAUACUAUUGUAUUGUGAAAAUGAAUCGAGGGUGACAAAUAUAUUUUAAGAGAUCUCUAGUGUCACACUAGUAUUUUCUUUUGAAAA